AAAAGUUUGACACUUUUUAUCAUAAUAUCUGAAAUGAAAUCAUAUCUCUGGUUAUAUCGAGCUAUAUAUUGCUAAAGUGUGUUCAUAGCGUAAAAAUUAGAAGCUAACACUACUGAACACGUAAGAUUAAUAGAAAUCUACGUAGAUAGAGAGGAUCUAGUUGAACAAAUAAAUUGCAUAAUAAAACUGAAAGUAAUAUUACAAAAUGACACACGAGGAACAAUUUAAGAAUCAAAACUAUAAACGAUGGAUAAGGGGAUGUUUAGGAUUUAAAUAUCUUGGAGAAGGACUUGUGCAGACAGUUAAUACUACUGUCAAAAACCAGCAUGGCUAUUACGUGAAGAAUUUAACACCUUCAGAGUGUGACAAAUGCUGUACGAAUACACUUUUACCUAAUCAUGCUAAAGUUGAUAACAAAUGUACAAAGGGGAGAAAGAAAUGUUUUUGUUUGAUGUAUUCACGAUCAAGAACAUUUUGUCCAAACUUCUUCUGUAGUGCUGUUUACGACAAUAUUGUGGAUAAUCACAGGUAUCAAGACCCAAACUGGUCAAACACGGAUAUAACAAAAUGGGGAAGUAGUUAUCUAGAGGUUGCUAAGUGUUUCAUCAGCUCGUCCGGAUAUAAAGACAAGUUGACAAUACAAGAAGUGGAUUGUAGCGGACUUCUGAAUAUCAUCAUCAAUAACACAGCUUUUGAAAAUACAGUAACUAAAGUUACUUAUGCGUUUGACCCCUUACCUGCUUUUACCAAGGCAAGAGACGAUAGAAAUACUGUAUUCCAUUCUCCAAAUAUGGAACUAACAGUUGAUCAACUGAAAGACAUGGUAGACAACAUGAUUGGUUUACUUCAGUUGCCAGAGAUAAUAGACAACAACGGAGAAACUAAGCUUUGCAUUGAAAAGCUUCAGAAGAUAAGAGAUGACGACAUUUACAUAUCUGUAAGAGAUGAAAUAGAAAUUCAAAAAGAGACCCUGGAGACACUAGAGAUAAAACGGAUAGAGACAUUGCAUGAAAUAGAACAGAGCAAACAAGACUUAUUAGACAAGGUGAAUGAUGUCAAAGAGACCUGCGAGAUGCAGAUGGUUAAAAGUAAUGCAAAACAGCAAAAGACGGAUGUGGACAUAAAAACAAUUGAAAUUGAAUUGAAGACGUCUUGCGCAAAUCUUGAGAAGAUUUGUGAAGACUUAAAUCAUAGACAAAAAGAAACAGAACUAUCUUUAACACACCUGCAGACUGCCGUGAACAAAUUGGCCCUACAACAUGAUGCACAUGAUGUGAAACAAGAUACUAUAGAAAAGCAAAUCGCAGAAGUCUGUAUAGAGAUCCCGAAAGUCAUCGAGAAGCAUUUACUGACCAAAUCAGCAAAAGAGCAUGAAGAAUCAAUGAUUGCAGGAGUUGCAACAAAUCAUAGGAAAAAACUAGAAUAUCUACAGAGAAAAGACGACAAUUUAUUUUUAGAGCUACAGACUAAGUUUUGUGGUUACUACAAGAAAUGCUUAUCAACCAUCCCAGUGUCACCUGUUCUAAAAACUAUUUCUGGUUCCGUUGAUGAGGUGUUCGUUGAAUUAUCGAUAUGCGAAGACUUAUCUGGCAAUCAAAGCCCUGAAGAUACGGAGCAGGCGUCCUUUUACAGAGAUGUACUAUUCCAAAACGGUACCCUUUGCAAAAGCGUAUACCUACUUGGUAAUGCGGGGAUGGGAAAGACGACUUGGUGUAAAAAGGUCUUAAAUACUUGGGUAAAAGCUUGCGACUGUAGCUCUAAGUCUAAUGCGUUUGCUGCAGAUUAUGAAGCCAAUCUGAAGUCAAGCGGCUUAGCAGAGAGUACAAUGCAAGCAAAUGAGGAUACAGAAUGUUUACGACAAUUUGAUCUGUUGUUUUACAUUGCUCUGAGACAGGAGUCGCAAAAUGUUAAUAUAACUGACAUGAUUAAGCAACAUCCAGUGGUGAAGGAAUAUUCUUUACAGACUGUGGUAGAUGAAGUUCUGAAGUAUGAACCUCAAACAUGUUUGUUCCUGUUGGAUGGUUUAGACGAAUGGACACCACAGUCAGAUAUUGAAACUCCAAGCCGAGAGGGUUUACAUGGGUGUUCUGUUUUGACAACAAGCAGACCAUACCGUCUUGUUGGAAUAUAUGAUAUCGAUGAUACUUUCUAUGCCGACAGAAUUGUUCAAAUGACUGGUGUUCGAAACAAAGAAUUACUCGUAAAAAAGGUAAUACAACAGCUAAACAACGCUAUGAAAAAACAACUAUCAGCAAAAGAACUUUAUGACUCAAGCGAAAAGGACUACAAGAACUUUAUAAAAGAUGUUAAAGAAAUGAAAGAUAGAGAGAUGUCAUAUCACAAAAUUCUGCCAAAUUACAUGGAUAUUCCUCUAAUGUUGAUCAUCAUGGUAUGCUUGUGGUUUGAUAAGGGCGAAUUUGAAAAUACGUUAACCAAAAAUAUCGGUGGUAUGAUGGAGUUUAUUAUUAGUUAUGCCGAAGGAUUUCAAAGAGGAGUUUUUAGGAAAAAGAAAGUGGCAGCUGGGAAAUUAGAGGGCAUAGCAAAUUUAGAUGAACUGAAACAGGAAUGGUCAAAAUUUGCCGAAUAUUUACCAUCCCAAUUAAGAAAAAAGGUAAGACUGAAAGGUUACAGUGAACUUAUAUUCAAAGUGUCGUAUCUUGCAUUCAAGUCUCUUUUUAACUCGGAACACAGAAUGCGACUAACAUUUUCACAAGAAGAUUUACUUCAAUACUUUAAUGAAGAAGAACUUUUAGUAAUUGUGAAGAUUGGCAUUUUGUCACAGUCAGAGGUAACAGAAUCCCCCCUAUGUCCGAUGACAAAACUCUCUUUUAUUCACAAAGUAUUUCAUGAAUAUCUAGCAGGCGUAUACAUUACAAUCCAGUUCAGUUUAGGAAAGGUGGAACCUGUUCAAAUAUUGAAAGAUUACUUCAGGGACCCAGUUGUUUACAACCUACCAGAUAUAGACAAUGCACCUUGCUAUGUGGGAGGUAUAGAUCCAAUAGCCAGCAGUAAAAUGUCUGUAUUCUUAUUUAAAGAGUUGACUUUAGAUACAUACAGGAAGCAUUCUGCAUAUUUCAAUACAUUUUACCUGCGUCAGGUGCAAGUUGUGUACGAGAAUGACGAAAAUUUUCCAUCGGAAGAAUAUCCAAUUUACACAGAAUACAUCUAUAUACCAAACAACUUGGCACAAGAAAAAACAAAAUACUUGCAUUUACUUUUGGACACAAAUAUCAAACACUUGAAGUGCGUUGAAAUACCCUGUAAUGCAGCACCGGAAAUCCUUGCAAAAUUUAGAUAUGCCAACAUUCCGGAUGAUUUGACGCUCUGCAUUUAUGACAUACUUCCAUCUGUUAAUAAUGCCACUUUGACUAGUUCGCUUCUUUGUGUUCCAAAUUUACGAAAAUUAGAACUUCAUGGCAUAUCCAAUGAUUUUGCUAAGGCGUGUGAAAGAGAUAGUUUAGACCUGACAUUAUUAUGUCUAAAGGAGCUGUCAUUAAAGGAACUGUCAAAUAUAACCAUAUUGACUAAAUACCCCAUACAGUCUGUUGUAUGUGAUAACGUUACUAAAUGUGAAAUCAAGUUAUCUACAUGAGACAGGGAGCUUGCUCAUACUUUGACACUAGUACUGUUGGGAAUCAUUACAGAAAAAUAUAAAAGAGAGGAAAUAACGUACAAUUACGCACCUAUGUUUCAUACUUUUGUAGGCAUCGUAAAAUUAAGAUUAUAGUUACGAUUAAAGGAAAAGUAAACGAGGCAUACUAUUACUGUAUAACUGCAAACUCAUUUGUUUCUCUGUUCAUUUCGUUAUCUUAUUCACUUCUUGUAAGCUUAUUCUAUUCCAUUUAAUUUUUGAAGAUAGAAUGUACUGGACAGAUAAAUACGCAGAAAGAAAUAUAUUUUAUCAGUUAAACAUAACGCUUCCAGUGGUUUGAUUCAAUACAUUCGUGGACAUUUCCUUCUGACACAAAAUAAAUCAAUAACCUGGUAAUAAACGUCCCCUACCAGAAUGUACAUGCAUUAUCUUGGAAAAUUCUUACAUUGUUAUUUUUGUAUAAAGUUUAUUGCCAUAGUACAUACAUUGUAAAUGGCUUGUAUAUUCCCCUCUAUCUAUGCACCAACUUUCAUAAAGAUCUUUUGUUCCGCACAAUCUACUUUUCAUCAUAUUUUUAACUAUUUAUCAUUGCCAAAGCAACCACAUUUUUAAUGCAACAAAUUAAAGUAGUGCAUACUGUCAGUAUUGCCUUUUUUGU